AUGACGAAAGUCGUCGUUGGAGGGGACAUCAUCACAAAUGCCGACAUUUUGCCGGGAGCGCCGAAUGUCAAGGGUGGGUGGCAAACUUUGGCCGAAGACGCAAUUCGACACAAAGCCGUUGUUAGUGCAAUUGAAAUGGCGUUUCGCGUUCUCAGGCACCCGGACGCAAAGGAGGGGCUGGCUAAGAUCGCCAAGGAAGUGCUGAAACAUGAGAGCGUGUCUGGAAGCGGCAAAUCCCAGCCAGACUAUCCGAUUGCCAAUGUUGAUGCGUGGCUUAACAAGCUCGAGACGGAUUUUGUGCGAGUCCAGAUAACACUUUUGAAAGCCGGGGUUAGUGGAAAGACGCUCAGAUACAAGGGAUGCGGCAAUAACCUCGACAACUGGACGCACGAUUCGGGCGAGAUACUGCUACACAGCGACCUUGUCUUUGCCCUGGCAGCGGCUCAAAAAGAUUUGAAUGCGGAACUCGCAAAAUUCUCCAAAAUGGAAGAUAAAAACGCAAUAAGGAAAAGCCAGCUCGGCAAGGGCGUCAACGCUAAUAAAUUCUUCUUGGGGUGGGUAGUAGCCCACGAAAUUACCCACCUUUGGGUAGGCUUCGUUCGAAAGGCUGACGGGCGCUUGACACCACCCACAGUGGCCGGAUAUGGCCUUGGGGAUGAGCGCCGAGGAGAAUCCGGGUGGUUCCUGGAGGCAAGCCUCCUGCGUAACGACAGGCUGGUGAUGCUGGGCAACGAGGGCGACAACAAAAAGCAAGCCGGAACUGUCGCGUUGAGAAGGGACACAGAAGACGGGGAGCUUUAUGUCUAUCCGACAGAUGAAUAUUUGGCGAAUGCGACGGAUAACUGGUUUGUCAUCCCGCUACCUAUAGAGGCCGGGAAGGAGAAAAUUACCAGCGCCCAAUUGGUCAAAAUGAACUUGACUAAACUCUGGAAAAUUCGUGAGGACCAACCUCUCUCGAACCCCUCCUCGUUGAAGGCCGCAGACUCGGCGUCCGAAAAUUCCGCGGACAAGGGGAAAGGAGCUGCGGUUGUAGCCCCCGCGGCACCUGUUGCCUCAUCUAGCAAGCGCCCGGCAAAGGUGGUGUCGAAGCCUGGUGGAAAGCCAUAA